GAGGAAUAACUCACACACACACGCACACACACACACACACACACACACACACACUGCUCCACAACUGGCAGAAAAAAAAGAAAAAACCUCAGACAUGGAUGACCCACUCACAAAAUGGCUCCACUUACACAGUAACAUCAACAACACGGCUGGAAACGGACACAGUGGACUCUAGCGAGUGGUGACGGGGUAAAAAUGAUGGAAAAGCGGCAGCAGGAGCUUUGUCCUGGAAGUCCCGACGCAGGCUCCGGUCCUGGAAAGCGGGAGGACUCCUCCAUCAUCUCCAGACAGAACGGAUGCAAGGAGGACGAGGAGCCGAGGAGGGGGGAGGAGGAGGGUGAGGAGGAAGAGGACGAGAGGGGAGGAGGAGGAGGGAGCUUCAAGGGGGUUGAGGAGACGGAUGACGUUCCUCUGCAGAACUCGAGCAACGGGACCAGCAUCAGCAUCAUCAUCAACGGCGUUGCCAAGGAAACUGCCUCUCACAACGCCCUUGACCUGAAAAGGGAAGUGCCGGUGAUCGAGCUCUCCAGGAGGGACGCUAUAAAAGCGGUGGAGCAGAGGACUGAGAGCCAUUUGGUGCCGAUCACGGAACUUCGCAGACCUCCACCGCUGCCGCUGCCGCCGCCGCAACGAGACGACGCUCGAAUGGUCCAACUGAGCCCAAACGCGUUUCCUGUCCCGGCCCGGGCGAUGCUCUACAACCUGGCGCAGCCUCUCGCCGCCAUCAACAGUCUCGGAGGGGAGUCGGAGCAGUACAGCAUGUACCCCAGCAACAGGGUAAAGCGCCGCCCGGCGCCUUAUGAGGUUGAACUCGACGAGGGUAGGCGCAUUUUAGAUCUUUAUAAGUAUGCUGGCCAGCCAAAGAUUGUACGUCGUAUCUUCACCAACAGCCGUGAACGUUGGCGGCAGCAGAAUGUAAACGGGGCGUUCGCCGAGCUUCGUAAACUCAUCCCCACUCACCCCCCAGACAAGAAGCUGAGCAAAAAUGAGAUUCUGCGGCUUGCUAUGAAGUACAUUAGUUUCCUCUCCAACCUCCUGGAGGAUCAGGAUGGUGGGAGGAAUGUUGGCAACACAACUGAUGGGGAAACAGGGCUGUUGGUUGGGGUUGCGGCCCACGAGGGGGGACCUCAGGGUGGGCCACAUCAGGACACGGUGGUGGGCUUGGCCAGGGAUGAUCUUCUGGAGACAAUGUCACCAGGCUCCAGCUGUGGAAGUCUACCUGACGGCGAUGCUGAAGGCAGCCCGGAGAGCUUUAUGGAGGACCAGGACUCACCUCCGGCUCCGAGGACUCUAACAGCAUCACGUGGGCCCCCACUGCAUCUAGCUGCUAGGGAUCUGAGGCGCAAUGGACGCCCAUUAGAUGGCUCCAGUCGCCGAUGAUGCUGACGCCGACAGACCACAGACAGACCACCUGAGGCUGAAAGGAAGCAGUGAGAGGGACUACAAAAAGAGAUGGAUAUGCUCAGGACCCUGUUAGCUUUGAGUCAUCAGCGUAGGAAGGAGAAUCAAGCUCCACAUAGUGAGAUAUUGGUGUCCAGAAUGGAUCAUGAGUACAUUCUUGUCUCCACACAACACCUGAGGCAGUACUGAUGAAUAGCUUGGUUGAAUUUGAUCCAGCAAAAGACUUGUAAAUUCUGCAUGUCUCAUGUCUUUGACUGACCUGCGGAUUAUAAUUUUACAUGUUUUGAAAAUUCCAAAGACUGGAUAUUCUAUAAACGAAAACCACAGAAAAGUGAAAGAAUGAUCACACAAAGACGCAAAAAGCAACAACAAAAAACCCUAAACAAAACAAUAAUCAUUUAACAGACACUCAGCUCAAAGAUUGUGUAAAAUUGAGAAUCAAUGUUUCACGUGACACUAUUAAUUACAAUAUGGUGCUGCCAGAAUAGAUCCACUUUAGCUGUAGAGUCCCGCAAGUAAAUGGCUCUAAAAUGUCACUAAAUAAACCUGGAAAUUCAUGCCAAACAAGUUUGAUGUGUUAGAAUAAUGACACAAAAGAAAGUUUGCCUCAGUUGGAGGCCGUAAAUCAAUGGACUGGACUCAAAUUGUGCCAAUGCGAUUAAGUAUGUAUUGUAAAUAGCAUUAUAUUUCCACUGCACAGUGUAAUAACAGUGACUCAAAUUCAAGUCAUGUGGUUGAAGAUGUACCAUAGUGUGUUUGUCAAUGGGUUUACUAACAAAAUGUGUCUUUUAGGAGACAGGAACAAAAGGGAGGGGAGAGAUCAGGCAAACUCAAAAUGGAAAGCAAAAGUGCAUCAGAUGUGGUACCAUUUACUUCUGUUACACUUUGGUGGUGAGAAAAUGACACCAAAUACGGCAACAGAUAGUUUCACUGCCUGGAAUGAAUAUAUCUAUUUGAAAUUGCUGUGGAGGUACAAGACAUGCAGUGUUCUUAAAGUGUACAAAAUAUGGGUCAAAUGAAAUCAUGAAAUGACUCAUGCAGUCCUUUUGAUAUGAAUGUUUCAGUGUUUGUUUGAUUUUUUUAAAAACUGUAAUGCAGUUGUAGUUUAGUAAGGUACACAAAUAAAUCCCUUCAUUGCCGCAUUUCACAUGCACACGUACAGACAUAAAAACAUGAGGCAUACAUGGACACACACACCGCCACUGUCACGCAGUGUUAAUAUCAUAACAACACCAGCAGUUUUCUGACAAAGACAGUUAAGUAUUGAUCAAUAUUGUUGGUUUUUCUGCUUUUUCAGCAGAACCUAGUAGCCUAUAUUGGUACCUUUGGUAACUAUGGUAUUUUAUGAAUUGCAGUAAAGGGACAUUGUACGUUUGGUAAUGACAUAUUUGUUGUAUGAUAGCUGUAUCUAUAAAUAUAUCCAAUGUUAAAUUGAUGAAUUUUAUACAAAACCCCUGAAUAAAACACACAGAGGAAAAGUCUUGUAUUUGAUCUCACUUGAA